AUCACGUUAAUGAGUCCAGGCUGAAAGUGGAUGACCCUAGAAUCAGGAGGAACUCCAUCCCUCCAGCUCAGGCUCCCACGGCAAAACACAUGCUAGCCUAUCUGCCCAGGCCACCAACAGACACCCACAAAUACGGAACAUUCCCUCAAAAGCCUGAAACAAUGGUUAUGUCCACGACUUCCUGCGAAGAUUAUCAUCAAAAACCAGAGUUCCCUCAACCUAAGAAAGGCAGCAUUAUCUCAAACUUUAUUCCACUGUCUUACACCAACAGUACUAAGGAACCCCGCCAUAGGAGAUUCAGUGCUGUAGAACAAACAGACAGUGGUGCUGUUCCUCCAGUAGCCAAGCAUAGGCCUAGUGUGACUAUUAAUACAGAGGACUUACCUCGAUAUCAACGAGCUGCCAAGCCAGAAACACCUCUAAGGGGAUCCUUUUCAAAGUGGCAUUCUAAACAUGCCCUAAGUGUUCCAAAUAUCCCAAUGAGAAGUAAAACCCCUACCCGUAGUGUUGUUUCUGCUCCAGUCAGCACAAAAUCACACAGGAUGCGAUGUAAGCUCAUGUAUGAUGACCGUCAGCUCUUUAACCUUACUAAUCGACAGACACGCCAGAGAUAUGUCACCAAGGAUGGCAAGUGUAGGGUUAACCUUGGACGUAUUCACGAGAAGAAGAGGUUUUUGUCAGACAUUUUCACCACUAUUGUGGAUCUAAAGUAUCGUUGGUUCAUAUUUGUAUUCAUGUUAUGUUACAUGCUCACCUGGGUUGGAUUUGGGGUUAUUUAUUUUGUGGAUGCCUUGAUAAGAGAUGACGUAAAUCACGUGGGGGAUCCUGAGUGGAAGCCUUGUAUUGACAAUGUUGACUCCUUCCUUUCUGCCUUACUCUUCUCUGUAGAAAGUCAAAGGACAAUUGGUUAUGGCACCAGGAUGGUAACUGCCGAUUGCCCAGAGGGUGUUAUUUUGCUCAUGGCUCAGUCAAUUAUAGGUUCAGUCAUUGACGCGCUCAUGGUUGGCUGCAUGUUUGUCAAAAUUUCUCGGCCUAAAAAAAGAGCCGAGACACUGAUUUUCAGCAAGAAAUGUGUGGUGUCCCAUCGGGAUGAAAAGCUUUGCUUGAUGUUCAGAAUUGGAGAUUUAAGAGACAGUCAUAUGGUAGAUGCCAAGAUAAGAGCUAAACUCAUCAAAUCUAGACAGACAAAGGAAGGGGAGUUUAUUCCACUGGAGCAAUCUGAAAUUAACCUUGGUUAUGAUACUGGAGAGGACCGGCUUUUCCUGGUGGAACCUCAGAUCAUCUGUCAUUUCAUCAACGAUCACAGCCCAUUCUGGGAGAUGUCUGCCGAGUCACUGAAGCGGGAGCAGUUCGAAAUUAUUGUAAUCCUUGAGGGCAUUGUUGAAGCCACAGGUAUGACGUGUCAAGCUAAGACUUCCUACACGGAGGAUGAGAUUUUGUGGGGUCACAGAUUCGAGCCUUGCAUGACUCUGGAGAAAGGAGCAUUCCGCGUUGACUACAGCCACUUUGAUAAGACAUUUGAUGUCCAAACACCAUGGGGCAGUGCUAAGGAUAUGCAUGAACUCAAGGAAAAUGAACAGAAUGACAGGUCUACCCUCAGCCUCUAUUGGGACAAUAUGUUCCAGACCCCUAUUCCCGAGGAUGCAAAUAUAGUAUUUGGGAACGAUUCACUGGAGAAUCAAGACAGAAUAGACUUUCCCAGCAUUGCUGAAGGAAACCAAGAAUCUGACAGCAAUGAUCUUGAUGUCUGAUAGAACACUCCUUAGUUGCCAAUGUUUAACUACUGAUGGCAGGGAGACUUUAUAAAUAACCGUGUUUCUAUAGUAAGAAAAGUCCAUAUCCUCUAAUGAAAAUGUAACUAACAGGCCCUAAAAAUUGUCUGUUAUUAUUCUCUCAUUCCAAGUGUCUUUUACAUGGGUAAGUGAACUCAUUGUGUAACAAGGUCAUGGUCCCUUAAUAUCCUCUUAUUCAUUUCUGUGUCUCAAUUUUUACAGUUAUGCCUUUUUUAAGUCAUGUCUGCCAUUGGGUGUCCGAUACUCUUGCACAGAUUCUUAAAGUAUGUCUUACAGCAGAACAAAUUUCUCAGAGGCAAUACUUUCACAACUUCAGGGAUACGGCAGCAAUUCUAGCUCAAAGUUUUGCUUCUUUUCCCCACAAGGUAAUCUAAAGAGGUAUUUAGGCAAAAAUGUCACCUACUGUAGCUACAGAAUAGAUGAUAACUGCUAGAUUGAAAAGGGCUCAACUGCUGAUACCCCACCGAUCAUUGGAAUGGGAGUCUUGGUUGCUUUAGUCAUUGACAGAACACAUAUUUGACCACUUCUCAAUUCAAUUCAUUGUCACUGUUGUCUUGCGUCGAGGGGAGGAUGAACCAGGGUACCGUUCCAAAGAUCUGUGGAGUUUCCAUUGGUGACACUCCUACCAAUCUAACAUUUAUGACCUAGCUAAAGAACUAUUGAUGUUUUGACUGGAAUACCACUUUAGUUUUCUUUUCUGACAGUUUUUGUAUUAUCUAACAGGCUUUAAGUUAUAUGAACAGAAGAAUAUAC